GUGGACUUGGAGAUUACAGACACUAUCCAACGUGGCAGUCGCAUCAUCAACAGAAAAACCAUCCAAUCCUUUCUCCCUCGAUCUCUCCGUUUCACUCUUGUUCUGGCUCCAUUAUCCAUCAAUGGCGGUCACAGCACAACCAUCCUCACCUGCUUUUCUUCGAGGACUCCAACGCCGCUCCUUCUCUUCCAACUCUCGCUUUGACCGCUCAUUUCCUUUUAGACAGGCUCUCAAAAUCGUCGCCAUGGCUCCGAAAAAGAAGGUGAACAAGUAUGACGAUGGUUGGGCGAAAAAAUGGUACGGAGCAGGAAUAUUCUACGAAAGCAGCGAAGAAUUGGAAUUCGAUGUGUUCAAGAAAUUAGAGAAGCGAAAGGUUCUUAGCAACGUAGAAAAGGCAGGACUACUUUCAAAGGCAGAAGAACUUGGAGUUACUCUAUCUUCAAUUGAGAAAUUAGGCUUGUUUUCAAAAGCUGAGGAACUGGGUCUGUUGAGUCUGUUAGAGAAGAUAGCAAGCGUAUCACCAUCAACUCUGGCCUCCGCUGCGCUUCCCAUAUUAGUGGCAGCUCUGGCGGCUAUAGUGAUUAUACCGGAUGAUUCGGUGGGGCUGGUGGCUGUGCAAGCCGUGUUGGCAGGGGCACUUGUGGUUGGUGCUGCUGGGUUGUUCGUUGGGUCUGUUGUGCUUGAUGGGUUGCAAGAAGCUGACUGAGUUAUAUAUUUGGACAUGGUUUUGUUUUUGUUUUCAAUUGGGAAGUUGCUUAGGAGUGGAACAAAUAAGCGUGUAAUUGUAUGUGACGUAAGUAUAGGGGAUGGGAAUUGUAGGUGAAAAAAGAUGAUGGCUUUUUAUGAAAGAUAGACUGGUUUUGCAUUCAUCAUUUGGAUCAAGAAUCAAAAGAUUUUCAAAA